AUGUCCUCUGACAUCACCCUCUAUACAUGGCCUACUGCAAACGGCAUCAAGGCCUCCAUCACCCUGGAGGAGCUUGGUCUGCCCUACAAGACUGAGCCGAUCGAUAUUGGAACAAACAUUCAGAAGGAAGAGUGGUUCUUGAAGAUUAACCCCAAUGGCCGCAUCCCGGCACUCGUCGACGGCUCACAGCGCGUUUUCGAGAGCGGCUCUAUCAUGCUUUAUCUUGCCGACAAAUAUGACACCGAUCGCAAGAUCAGCUACGCGCCUGGCACUCUCGAGUACAUUGAGCAGGUGUCCUGGCUGAUGUUCCAGAUAGGUGGCAUUGGUCCCAUGCAGGGCCAAGCAAACCACUUCCGACUUGUCGCCGGUGUCCGCUCCGACUACGGUAUCAGGCGGUACAUUGACGAGACCAAGCGACUUUACUCGGUUCUGGAAUCCCGUCUGAAGGAAAGCCCCUAUCUUGCUGGUUCAAAGUACACAAUUGCCGACAUCGCCAGCUAUACGUGGGUACGCCGUGGUCCUGCACUGCUGGAGAUCGAUCUGUCUGAGUUUCCGGCUCUCAAGCAGUGGGUCGAUGAGAUCGGCAAGCGGGCUGCGGUGCAGAAGGGCGCAGACGUGCCUCACGUUGACCGUACAAAUGAACAAACAGAGCAGUUCUUCCAAAGCGCUCGUGCUAAGAUUGAUAGAAUGGCCAACUCCGAUAACCAUUAA